CCCGUUCUAGUUUGGCGUCCUCCCGUCAAUUUUGAGAAGCUAGAGGUUGCGUGAGAAGCUUAGGUCGCUUCCAAAUGAGACGUUCUGUCCGACGUGAUUCACGACCUCCCAGCUUCGGAUCUAGAAGACAAUCAGGCUGCGAGUGGGUUGCAUGAUGUCGCCAACACUAAAGAUCCUCAUCUCGGUCGACUUCGACGCCGUCUCAGGCUGGCUGGGCACGGGGCAGACGCCCGACAACACUCUUGCCGACUAUUCGAGCGGCUUCUUCGCCGGCCGAGUUGGCGUUCCACGUCUUCUGAAGCUGUUCAAGCGUCUUGGGCUUUCGGACAAGAUCACCUGGUUUAUCCCAGGUCAAAGCGCGGACACAUUUCCACAGGAGACGCGGGCCAUCAUCGAUAGCGGGGCAGAAAUCGGCCUGCACGGCUACUGCCAUGAAGACAACUACAAACUGACCGAGGAACAAGAACGCGACGUCUUGAGAAAAUGCAUGGACAUGUUUGAGAAGCUGACGGGGAAGAAGCCAAGAGGGUACAGGGCCCCUCUGUACACGACACGUCCUCAUACGAUCAAGCUCCUGGAGGAGCAUGGAUUUUUGUACGAUGCCUCAUUGUCGCUGCAUGACUCCAAGCUCAGCUACCUCCCGCGGGGCGGGGGCUCUCCCAUCGAACUGCCGCAGUUCACGCCGGCAGCCAAGGCCUCGUCUUGGAUGGUGCCGUCACCGCAGGUCAACGACGCGCCCGGCACAGUUGUCGAAGUGCCUGGCAACUGGUACAUGGAAGACAUGACGCCGAUGCAAUUCUGGCCCCAUCUUCCAAACAGCCAUGGCUACGUGCCAACGGCCGCGAUUGAGGGAAUGUGGCUGGAGAGGUUGGAGUUUCUCCUCAGAGAGAUGGAGGAGGAGCCGGACGCGAAGGAUCAGAUCACCGUCUUUCCGUUGAUUCUUCACCCCGACACGAGUGGGAUGGCUCACAUCAUUCCAAUGAUCGAAAGAUUCCUUAAGAAGCUCCAGGCGAAAGGCGACCGAGUUGAGUUCAUGACGUUUGGGGCAUGUGUCGAACAGUGGAAGGCGCAGAAGUUGUAGGCAUCCUGGGAGGCAGUGCCUUGGUAGCGAGUUACACAAAGUUCGCGUCGUAAUAAUGGGAGAAGUCUUACUUUCAGACUACUAUGUCAAGUGCAGAGAAGAACACGAUUGGUAAUUCAACACCCAAAGCGUAGACGAUGCUCUUCCGCCAACGUAGACUCUGUUCGUCUAUCUUGUUCGAUCUCCUGUCGCUGCGCUUCAGACCUUUUCGCUGAGGGCCAAUUUUUCGCCGACAGAAAACGUGUGACCAUACUUAUGAACGCGGGAUCCUAUAGCUGACUUUCAAGGGAAUCAAAUGUGUUGAUGUAGAAACCUCGAAUCCCUUGCCUUCUUACUUACUACGCCAGUCUUCC